AUGAAGCCUUGGACAAUCAUCUUUUUGUUUUUCUCGGUGCUUUCCGGCGUCUUUGCCGCAAAGUCUACCCCCGAUAAGUUCCAAAAAUACAACUCACUCUCUCGUUCUGGGCCCGUUGAUUUGGAUACCUCCUCGUUCGAGGAUCUGACAACAGCUCCCCGCGAUUACUAUGCUGCCGUCAUUCUGACGGCUAUGGAUGCACGCUACGGCUGUCUGAUGUGUCGGGAAUUUGAUGCGGAAUGGGAUCUUAUCUCUCGGAGCUGGAACAAAGGCUCCAAGCUUGAUGGAUUGAAGGUAGUUUUCGGUACUCUGGAUUUCGACCAGGGGAAAACUGUUUUCCAAAAGUACAUGCUUCAGACUGCACCGGUUCUUCUCCUCUUUCCCCCACGGUUGGACCUUUUGCCAAAGUGGAAGCAGAGCCGCCCGAUCUCCGCCGACCAACUCUACGCAUGGAUCGGUCGUCACCUGCCUGAUGGACCUAAGCCUGCCUUGGUUCGACCUGUCAACUAUAUGCGUAUUGUCUCUGGCAUUACCAUUCUGAUGGGCGCUGUCACUUUGCUUACGGUGAUCUACCCAUAUAUACUGCCCAUUAUUCAGAACCGGAAUCUCUGGGCCGCUGUCAGUCUGAUUGCCGUUCUUCUGUUCACCAGUGGUCAGAUGUUCAAUCACAUUCGGAAGGUACCCUAUGUUGCCGGUGAUGGCCGGGGUGGAAUCAGCUAUUUUGCUGGAGGCUUUCAAAAUCAAUUUGGCAUGGAGACCCAGAUUGUGGCUGCUAUCUAUGCUAUUCUCUCGUUUGCGACCAUUGCGCUUGCGCUGAAGGUGCCCCGAAUGGAGGAUGUUAAGGGCCAGCAAUUGGCCGUGUUGAUCUGGGGAGGCAUUCUCUUUGGGACAUACAGUCUUCUCCUCAGUGUGUUCAAGACCAAGAACGGAGGUUAUCCCUUUUACCUUCCUCCGUUCUAG